AUGUGCCGAUAUGCUGCAUAUAAGUCCGAGAUCUUUGACUCUUUUCCAACGAAUGUCUGUGGAAGGACAUACAAUGAAAUUGAAGAUAGUUGCGUGAACUCAUGGAACCGAUAUAAACAGCUCACAUGGCGUGCAUACCGCAGCAUAGAUCAACUUGCACAAACAGAUGAUGCAAAGCACCUUCAGCUUGACCUAAAAUUGGUCGGUGUGCGUCAUUUUGAUCGACUUAAUCGGAUAUUUCAUUAUCUGGUUUUCAGUUAUGAGCCAGCAGACAUUACAGAUGAUGGAAUACAAUCGGCCGCUGGAGCGCUCUACGGUGGUAUUGAUGGCUACGACAACCUUCAGAAAGCUGUACGAGAGUGGGUUCGCAAACAUGUACUCAAUACAUUCAGUGUGGGUAUCGCGUGGCUAACCCAAAUGUACAUUUAUUUGCUUGACAUGUUUAGAGAGAAGGUGAAGAAUUACUUAUUAGCACCCGGCAGGUAUAAUCACCUCGCAAAACAUACUAUUUUUCUCAAUGGCAUCGACCUUGAAUAUCACAAGAUAGUGAGACCAUGGAUUCGAAAAGCUGUACGCGCGAUUCGUGAUACAUGCGAUUCAAUGAGUGAGUAUGCUCACCAUGAUAUUACUGCUCGUUUGAAAAAAAUUGUCUUUUCCAUUCCUACAAGUAUCGAGCAUAAACUAUUUGAUCAACCAUUGAACAAUAUUUUCAUUCAAACUGAGGACGAUAAGAAGUUAAAUAAAUAUACUCCAGCGACUAUUUCUGAUUUAUUUAAAUCUAUUCCUGCGCAGAAAAUACUCGAUCACAUAUACGGGUCUGAAUCAUACUUAACACAAAAUCGCAAUCCUCAAACACUGAAUCAUCAUGUGAGCGGGCGUAAUAUAAUUAUGGAGCUUUACCGAGCAAAAUGUGGAUUUAUUAUCUAUAGUGCUCUGUCACAGUUUAAUAGCAAUGUUGUCAUACGCAUUCAAACAUAUAGUUCGAUGAAGACUUUGCAUACUUCUGUUGACCAUCUGUCACUUCACUCUAAACUUGAUCGGAUGCCGCUUGACCAAAUUAGUCAUAUGGCUAAUGUGGAUCGCAAUGCAACACUUCUUGAACUUGAGGAUCUAGAAAACGAACUCGGUCGGAUCGUGGUUACACAAAAGCUUGUCAAUAAUGCUAUCAAUGCUAUGUCCUCAUCACAAUUGAUGUCAAGCAUGAAUGAACGUUCACAACAGCAGGAUCAUGAAAGUGCAAGAGAGAGUGGACGGCGUCAUGUGGAAUAUUUACGAGAAAAACGUAACUAUGCCAAAACUGCAGCACAAAACGAGCAACCUGGUUAUCGGAGAUUAUCGGCAAGUAACGACAACACAAACAGCUUGGACAUGGAUGAAAAUGCGUUGAUGACGGAAACAGACGAGACAAGAGCUAGAUUUCUUUUACUGAGACUCCUUCAACGACACGAUGAGGAGGACCUUGGGUUGGGCCUCGAAUCGAAAGAUAGUCUCAAACAAGAUGAAUUAGAUCCAUCAUCGUUAGCACAUGCGUACAUAGAUAAUGAAGCGUUAGAUUACAAUGCUGCAACAACGAAAGCUGCAGCAGCGCUAGCUACAAUUCGUCCGAAUCCUUAA